UUCGUCUCGUGCUUAUAGUAAAUAAUUAAGACGUUGCGUUAAUAUUACUCAUCGAGCGGCCUACGUUGUAACUGUUGACACUUUUCAUUGUUGAUGUUAGUAGACGCGCCAUACCACCAUGCUGCUGGUUGCAUUGCUUUUAAUUAGUAUUAUUACCAUAAUAAUAUUAAGUGUCAAAGUAUCAAGUGGAAUUUGCAAAUUUAGCCACCAUUUAGCUGGAAAAACAGUGAUAGUGACAGGAGCAAACUCAGGUAUAGGAUUUGAAACAGCAAACAACCUCGCCCAGAGAGGAGCCCGAGUGAUAUUAGCCUGCAGAAAUUUAGAACGAGCAGAGUGUGCACGGAAGAAAAUUAUUGACUCAUCAGGAAACCAAGACGUGCUUAUUCUUCAACUGGAUUUGGAAUCAUUUAAAUCGAUAAGAAAUUUUGUUGACAAUAUUUAUAAAACUGAAAAACAUCUAGAUAUAUUAAUAAACAACGGAGGAAACUAUUGCACUGAAAAUAAGAAGACCGAAGACGGAUUGCUUAAAGGUAUGCAAAUAAAUUAUUUUGGACCAUUUCUGUUGACAUCACUUCUAUUGCCAUUGUUAAAAAAAUCUGCACCGAGUCGUAUCAUCAAUGUUUCAUCGUUUCUAUACGUUCGAGGAAGAAUAGACUUUGAAAAUUUGAAUAUGGAAAAAUGCUUCAUUAAAUACAGAGUUUAUGAAAAUGCAAAGCUUUGUACUAUGCUUAUAACAACUGAACUAGAUAGAAGACUCCAAGGUACAGGAGUGACUGUGAACUGCUUGCAUCCCGGUGUAGUCAACACGAAUAUAAUGGAGGCUAUUGAGAAUUUUUUCGUACGAGCAAUUCUUAAAACACUCAAAUCAUUUUACAAGAAUUCUUGGGAAGGUGCUCAAACUACUAUAUUUUUAGCUGUGUCGCCGGAGGUGGAAAAUAUUAGUGGAAAGUAUUUCAAAGACUGUCACAUAGCAGAACUUGCACAGAAAGCACAAAAUUUAGAUGUUGCACGAAAAUUAUGGGACACAUCGGAAAAACUCGUAGGUUUAAAAUGAUAAAUUGCUCAUAACUUUCUAGUUAAUACAUAAAUAUUAUAGAGUAUAUAAUAUUAUAGAAAUACAUAGGUAUUUAAUUAAGAAUUAGAAAUACGUUCAGAGUGUUCGUAAAUUUAAUGACACUACACACAAGUUAUUAUCUACGAGCAGCAGAGCAGUGUUUAUUCCAGCGAAUCUCUGAAAAGUCUGAACUUUUAGCGGGAAUUUAACUGGCAAAUAGUUCAUGUAACUCGGGAUUUUAUUUUGAUAUAUCAGAAUUGUCAUAAUACCUAAAGAUGAUGAUACCAAAAUUGUAUCUACGUAGGUGAAUCCGGCGAGCACAGCCAGUGUACAAUAUUUCCAUAAUCCAUUUUUACCUACUUUUACUUUUAAAUAUGUCGAGGUCAUUAUUACAAGAAAAGGUUAAAAUUAAAGGUCAACUCAAACCAACCUCCUAGAAAAUUGACAUAUUUAUACUAAACGUCAUAAUUGUAAUAAUAAGUCUUUGUCUUUUAUUAAUAUUAAUCUAAACAGUUAUGUAUGUAAAUUUUCUGUUUUAUGUAUAACAGU